UAAUUAAAAAAUAGUUGGGAAAACAAAAAGAUUGAUUUUCCCGGAUCGAUCUGGCAAAUUGAACCCUAAGCAGGCUUGUUGUAAUCUAGCAGUCCGCUAUCACAUUCUCUCACGGCAGUCGCAGCUCCAUCAACUCCCCGCAGGCCGUCGCGUCGCAGUUGCUCCUCUUCCGUUCUCCCUCCCCCCCCCCCCCCCCCCCCCCCUCCCGGCGAUCUUCGGGUGACUUGUGGCUCUGUCACUCUCUCUUUCUCUUCUCACAUUCCGCCCUUUUAAUCUCCCAGCCCAUCAAAUCUCAAUUUCUUCAUUAAGGAAGAGGAAGCUAAUCUUCUUAUAAAACUAAUAUGGUGAUUUAGUAAGUCCUUUAUGAUUGAUGAUAUAAGAAGAAGAAGAAGAAGAAGAUACAUAUGGCUGGUUUUUUGUCUGGUGAUCAUGGAAUGUAUGAAGGAGGUGGUGCCGGUGGUGGUGGUGGUGGUUCCUACAAGCAUGCUCAGGACAAGCCCGAUGACGGAGGAGCACGUUGGUAUUUCUCUAGGAAGGAAAUUGAAGACAAUUCUCCAUCCAGGCGUGAUGGCAUUGACCUAAAGAAAGAGACUUAUCUGCGCAAAUCGUACUGUACAUUCCUACAAGAUUUGGGGAUGAGACUUAAAGUACCCCAGGUCACAAUUGCAACAGCCAUAAUUUUCUGUCAUCGAUUCUUCCUUCGUCAAUCCCAUGCAAAGAAUGAUAGGAGAACCAUUGCAACAGUGUGUAUGUUUCUUGCUGGGAAGGUUGAAGAAACUCCACGGCCAUUAAAAGAUGUUAUUCUUGUCUCAUAUGAAAUCAUUCAUAAAAAGGACCCCACUGCUGUUCAGAAGAUCAAGCAGAAGGAAGUAUAUGAACAACAGAAGGAAUUAAUUUUACUUGGAGAAAGGGUUGUUCUUGCAACUCUGGGUUUUGAUCUUAAUGUGCAGCAUCCAUACAAACCCCUUGUCGAGGCGAUAAAGAAAUUCAAAGUAGCUCAGAAUGCUCUUGCUCAAGUUGCAUGGAACUUUGUCAAUGAUGGACUUCGGACGUCUCUUUGCUUGCAAUUCAAGCCUCAUCAUAUUGCUGCUGGUGCCAUUUUUCUUGCUGCUAAGUUCCUUAAAGUAAAGCUCCCAUCAGAUGGUGAGAAGGUCUGGUGGCAGGAAUUUGAUGUAACCCCACGCCAGUUGGAAGAAGUUAGCAAUCAAAUGUUGGAACUGUAUGAACAAAAUCGGGUCCCACCUUCCAGUGAUGUUGAAGGAAGUGCCGCAAGUGGAGCUACUCAUCGGGCUCCUGCAAAAGCUGCCACUAGCAAUGAAGAACAUGUAACAACCAACAGUUAUUCACAGACUGGAGGUAUGAGACCUGGAACCUCAAAGCCUGCAUUAUCUAGACCAGCAUCUGAGUUAUCAUAUGCUGAUAAUCAAGGGGGGCCUCCAAGAGUCACUGAAAGUCGGAGUAAUGACUAUGCAAGUACGGAAUUGAAAAUUUUGGAUCAGAAGGUGGAUGGGGAAUUCAAAGAUAAUCAACACUCUGAACUGGAGCAAUUGCCUUACCAAGAGAAGGUAGGGGAAGCUCAAAACAUAUCAAGGUUGGAUUCAGAGGGAGCUGGUGAAGAAGAUCAUGAAAGUAAUGUUGGGAGAAGUGAAACAAGGGAACCAGGGGAAUUGAAGGAUAAACAUUUUGGCCGGAAUUUAGAAAAUAGACGAGGUACACUUGGUCGGUCACCUCAGGAAGAAUUCAAGAAAAUUGACAGGGACAAAGUAAAGGCAGCAUUGGAGAAACGUAGGAAGUCUGGUGAUGUAGCCCGGAGAACAGACCUGAUGGAUGAGGAUGAUCUGAUUGAGAGAGAGCUAGAAGAUGGUAUUGAAUUGGCUGCUGGAAGUGAGAAAACCAAGCGGGACAGGAGACAAAACUGGUUGAAGUCCUCAAACAGGCCAGAAAAUGACGAGUUGCAUCAGGGGAAACAUCAAGAGGGUGUGAGAGAUGAACAUUAUCAAGGGCUGAAGGGGCAACAAUCUGGUCCAGAUUUAAAUAAUGUGGAAGAAGGGGAAGUAUCAGCAUUUGAUGAUGCUGAAUUUCAGUCACCCAAAUCAAACCACCGCAAGAGAAAGGCAGGAAGCCCACUGACCAAUGAGGGGAAGCAACGACAUGAUUGACCAUUUUGUGUAAGGUUUAAUGGAUAAAUAGUUUGUCUUCUCCUCUCUUUUUGUUAGAACAAUAUUAUAAUGAAUUUUUAGAGCACGACAUAAUUCAACCAUGGGACUAUGCAAUCCUUCUAUGAUGAAUCUUGUAAUUGAAGUUGUCUUUCUUGUCCGACCUCA